CGCGGGCGCGGGGGGCGGAGCUCGGCGCAGACGGGGAAGGGGUCGCCGGGGCUCCAGCUCCUCGGGUUAGGGGUUCCCUCCGGCGCUGCUAGGCAGGCGUGGAGUCCCCAGAGCCGGUGGCCGUGAUCUCCCGGGGGCACGCUCAGCGGCGGCUAAAGACGACAUGAGUGCUGCGGGGCUGUUGGCUCCGGCUCCGGCCCCGGCUGGAGCGCCGCCGGCCCCGGAGUACUACCCAGAGGAGGACGAGGAGCUGGAGAGCGCCGAGGACGACGAGCGCAGCUGUCGGGGCCGCGAGUCUGACGAAGACACUGAGGAUGCUAGUGAAACUGACCUGGCAAAGCACGAUGAAGAAGACUAUGUAGAAAUGAAGGAACAGAUGUAUCAGGACAAACUGGCUUCUCUCAAGAGGCAGCUGCAACAGCUACAGGAAGGAACGUUGCAGGAGUAUCAGAAGAGAAUGAGAAAGCUGGAUCAGCAGUACAAAGAGAGGAUCCGAAACGCAGAACUCUUCCUCCAGCUGGAAACCGAGCAAGUGGAAAGAAAUUACAUUAAGGAAAAGAAGGCAGCAGUGAAAGAAUUUGAAGACAAGAAGGUUGAGCUGAAAGAGAACCUAAUUGCUGAACUAGAAGAAAAGAAGAAAAUGAUUGAAAAUGAAAAGCUAACAAUGGAACUGACUGGAGAUUCUAUGGAAGUGAAACCUAUCAUGACCAGAAAGUUGCGGAGGCGACCAAAUGAUCCUGUCCCCAUCCCAGACAAGAGGAGAAAACCUGCUCCCGCUCAGCUAAAUUAUUUGUUAACAGACGAACAGAUCAUGGAGGAUCUGAGAACAUUAAAUAAGCUUAAGUCACCCAAGAGACCAGCAUCCCCAUCCUCUCCUGAACACUUGCCUGCGACCCCUGCGGAGUCUCCAGCCCAGAGAUUUGAGGCUCGGAUAGAAGAUGGUAAACUGUAUUAUGAUAAGAGAUGGUACCACAAGAGCCAGGCCAUCUAUCUGGAGUCAAAGGACAACCAGAAACUGAGCUGCGUGAUCAGUUCGGUCGGAGCCAAUGAGAUCUGGGUGAGGAAGACCAGUGACAGCACCAAGAUGAGGAUCUACUUGGGCCAGCUACAGCGCGGGCUCUUCGUGAUCCGCCGGCGGUCAGCGGCUUGACCUCCCGAAGAGCUCUCUGCCUUUGACCCUUUUUCUGCAGUGGCUUUUAUUUUUGUUUUGUUUACUUCUUAAUAGAAAAAUUUUAACUUACUGGGAAUAACUACUUGGCCUUGGAAAUGAAGAACACCGUGUGGAUUCUGUGGGGCACUUCUGUGGCUGGUCACAUCCACCUAUGUGUCAUUCUUCCCUGCCUCAGCUUCUUCCCAGUCAGCAGUCACCAGGGAACGCUCAUUUUCAGGAGUAUUUAGGGUGUUUGAUUUAGUUUCUUUUUAUUUCUUUAUUUUUUUGCUUAUCCUUUGUCUUUUUUUUUUUUUUUUUAACCUCCUCUGAGGUUGAAGAAACAGCUCUUCCUGUCAGUUAUCUUUAGGUCUUUCUGCCGUGAAGAAGAGUGGGAAGGAAUUCACUCUGUGAUGCAUUCUCCAUAUUUGAUUCUGGUUAGUGGAUCACGCAGCUACUGACCUGGCCGAGCCCCAUCUGCUGUUUCCCUGGAAGCGAGGGGCAGAGGUCCUAGCAGAGGGAGAUGAAUUCUCCUGGCUCUUGGCCUUCUUGGAGAGAGAAAUGCCUGUGUGACAUCUGGCACAUGCAUCCAUUCCCCUGGCUGAACUAUGGAACAUUUGCCGGGGAGACUGCAUUGAAGUAAAUGGGGCUCUGGGGGAAGGGACGUUUCAUGUCAUAAUGUGCUGAAGUUACCAUAUUUUAAACGUUAUUUAAUGCAGGCGAUUUGUCCGCACACAUUUGUUCCAACUCGGGCUGGAAUGAGAAGUGGUAAUUUCAGAAGUUUUUAUUUGUAAUUUCUUUCUCCCCCCAGUUUCUGAGUAGAUUGAGGGAGCACAUGGCGUAGGCAGCUGAUCUGGGUUGUCCCUGGGGUGGGGUGUGGAGAUGACAGUGCAGUGCUGAUGAUCUGUAGACUCACGUGACUUAUUCGUGUUGCUGAUACCACUACUGCAGAUUGGCCGUUCCACACCUGUGGAACCUUGUCAGGCCCUGGGCACUCACAGCCUCUUGGGAGACCUGGUCUGCUUUGGAGACAGGAGGGCUGCUGUGGCCGCGGCCAGACCCCUGCGCUUGUCCUGAUGCGCCCCAGGAAACCCUUCCCUGCACUCCCUGUUCCUUCCCAUUGUUCCCUUGUUUGGAGAAAGGCUUCCGUGGGUGGCGGGGUUGUCUGGUCUAGUUGCCAUCUUGAGAUGUUUAGAACAUGGGAUGGGAGCCACGGUCAGCGUCCCUGGGCAGUGACUAGACCUUACCCAUCUUAGGAAAUCUUUGUGAGUAAUCCCCUUGGCCUCGGUCCCCGGGGUCCUCUCCAUAUUGUCUCUUGAUGUACAAACCCACAGCAAGUUGGGGCUAUGAUGACAUCAGUCACCUUCUGAGUUCUAGCUGCCACAAGGAGCAAACCCUCCUGGCUCUGAGUAAAGACGUACAGAGACCGUUUUGUCUUUAUAUCCACUUUUCUCAUUUUUUCUGGUGUUGGGGUCUAUUUUGAAAAGUUUCCUGGAUGUUCUGUUUCUUCCCUGCCCUCCAUCCCCCCAGUGUUACAUGUACUACAGUGACCCCAGCCCAGGGCAUGUGGGCCUCACCUGUCCUCGCGGGCCUUUGGUUUGAAGGAGGACUUGCUUGGCUCACGGCUGGUGUGUGACAUCUCUGUCACGCAGCUGUGCUUUAUCUUCAGGUGCCCUGUGAUGGAAACUAACUCAGAUACGUUUAGUAUGUUUUGCCAUUGAGCUUUUCUGUAGCUGAUACCUCCCUUGUCCUUAGGAGCGUGUACCAAAGUGUGUGUCUAACGGAGGGGGCAUGUCCGUGGCCACUGGGGCUCUGCACCGAGGCGUCCAGCUGCCUUUUGUCCUUGCCUUGUCUGGGGCGCUUUUGUGAAGUAACCAUUUAUUUGAAGACCAGGGUAUGGUGCUUUUGCCUUCUCUCUCCUGUUAACUUUUGGGGUGUCUGAGACCCCACAGAGAUAGGCCUGGUCUCGGCCCGGCCACUGCCUUCUGCACGUUCUGAGCCCUUAAUCACGAUCUGGUGAGAACAGGCAGAGGCAAGGGAGACUUGACGCAGCACAGGAAAUCAUUUUCCUAAUCCCAGAUUUUUAUUUAGUCACCUCAGAGGUGAAAAAUGGGCAGUUGGACCCUUCUGACAGGCCUCUGGUGACCAGGGGCGGGAUAAACACUGUUAGUACAUCACGGUCCUUCUGUGAUGGACGGACGCUAAAGAGGAAGUGGACUCGAGGUUCCUGCUUAAGGAGGAGGCUGGCUUUCCACCCAGGUGGCCGUUCUUACCUACAGGGUUUUGUCUCAGCUGACCUCAGCACACCAGCUGGACUCCAGUCCCGGGGCCUGCAGGUGACCCUUUGAGACAGGGUGGUGCGCACAGCUCGGCCCUCGCAGCUGCACUUGGGUUUUGGUGGCUGGCCUCAGUGUUCACUGGAGGGUGCCCCAGUGUGUGUUUUCCCUCUUCCUGGGAGUCUGCCCUCCCCUGAGCCCUCCUUUCCAAGCCCAUGUCCUCUUACACAGUUCCCAGAGAGAUUUCUAUAGCCAUGCCAAAGCCAGGUGGUUGCGUUCCUGCAGGUGCCGGUGUUCGUGGGUGUCUGCCUGCCCAGCUCAGUUCUAACUUCUAGCUAGGACCAGUGUGAGAUCCAGGGGUUGGUCUGUAUUCAGGAUUGGGGGUUUUUCUAAGGGGGAUAGACAGGGCUGGGUGGGGUUGAUUGCAUUUUUUACCUAACUCUGGGUGCAGGGGGAAUCCUCUAUUUUUUUUUUUUCUUUUAAUGUUUCCUUUUAGCCUUGAAUCUUUACUAAAUAAUUUCCUCCUUAUUUAAAUUUUUUGUUUCAUUUGGGAUUUGACAUCUUGGUACUUUGUGUUAUACCGUUUUUUUUCCCCAAAGGGUUCAAACCAUUUUUAAUACCAGAACAUGGUAAAAUUGCAGCCAUUUCAAGCAGCUGGUGGGCUUUUUAUAAAACAUUAUUAGCUGGUACCAUUAAAUGUUCCGAGAAGUGAAUGUAAAAUGUAUAGGUUUUUUUUUUUUUUUCUUUUUUUAAAAAUAAACUUUCAAAGAGGAAACCA